AUUUCGAAAAACUUUAGCGCCAUCUAGCAGAAAACUUCGCAACCGGAACUACUGAAGUCAAUAAUAUUUACUACUCUGCAUUUUUCAUGCAUAGUGGGUAACAAGAUUUGAAGGUGAGGUCCGUUAAAUGAAAGAUGACUUCUCUAUGAUGAAGAGAUCUCAUGUACCACCCGCAUUAAAUCAUCUAGUGGAAAACAGCAGCUCAGAAUCCCAGCAACAACCAUCAAACCCAGGACGGCAUAUAACUGAAACAGAGUCAUCUCGAGUGAAUCAGAACUCAAAUGUAGAACAGUGUUCAUCUUCUACUCAGCAUCAACAUCCAGAGGCAACAGCAGGGCCCAGCGGUGUGGUGGGAAGGGCGGAGAAAAGGAAGCAUGAGGAAUCCGAGGGGGAGUCCUCACAUGGACAUAAAAAGCAUAUAACAGGGACCCCCCAGGACUUACCUAAUCCAGUACUCCUUAACAGGAAACCUGUUACUCCAAACAAUGGGGGAAGAGUUGAAGCUGAUGCCAAGGUGCCCCAGUUACAAAAGUCUGUGGCAUCUACCUCGAAAAACCCAUUUGUUUUUAGUUCCCAUGUUGUAGUACCAGAUACAAGGAAGGCAAAGAAAUCCACCCAGGGUUUUGGUCCCCAAGCAGCUCAAACAGCAGUUCAACAUGAAGCGAAAAAGCAGACUAAAGCAGUAGGAAAAGCUGGAACAUCACAUCAGCCGAUUAACCAAACUAACAGUAAUAGUCCUGGUGCAGGUAUAAAUACACCUAUAAAUAGCACUAGGUAUCAGAGAGAGUUAGCAGAGAGAAUAUCUCAGAGAACCGCAGGUAGUUCCAGAUCCAAUACAAAAACUAGAACCGAGCGUCCGCAGCCAACAAGGACAGUGACACGGGAAUCCACAACUGUUCAGCCUCACUCCAACUUUGUGUUACCCCAACAGCAGAGGGAGAGGACAGCAAGGAACGUCAGAGGGCAGUUAACGAGAGCCCAGUCUGCUGAUCAUCACGUGAGAAGUCUGACACCCCCAGAGACUGUAAGAAGUGUGUAUAGUCGUCAGAGAUCACUACUGACCAAUCAUGAGAACUCCCCCAUGUUGUCUCAUCAGCCAACGGCAUCAUGUUCCUCCACUCUCCUACAGCUGCCCUCUGACGGUCUCUUUCCUCUUUAUCCUUUGGGGCAGCCUGAGGAUUCAACUUUCAGAUCUCCAUUAGAGCUAUCCUCAACCAUAUCACCAUUUACACAGGAAGAUAUCUACAGUUACUCACCAUUCCAGUCAGCAACAGAGAGCGCAUCAUGUCAGGAAGGCUACUCCUCCUCAGUAUCACCCAAAGUAAAGUCACCUCGAUCCUCAGGGGAGGCACAGUCAGGCAGUGUCCCUCCCUCCAAUGUAGGGAUCAAAAGGGCGGGGCCUUAUCUGUUAGGCCCUAGACUGGGUUCCUCUCCUGUUAGAAGUAUAGUACAGUGUCUGGCCAGAAAGGAAAAGACAGAUGAUUUUUAUACUCUGAAGAUCCUAACACUAGAAAAAUCCGGAAGAGAGACCCAGGAUGGAAAACAGGGCAAGAUGUUACUGCACACUGAGUACUCACUGCUGAGUCUACUCAAAGACCAGGAGGGGGUGGUCCAUCAUCACGGGCUAUUCAAGGAUGAAGCAUGGGAAGAGCGUGACACCUUGGAUCAGUGGGGUCACGUGGAAUUCACGGGUCAGAAAAUCACCCGGCUCUGUCUGGUCCUGGAUUGUUUGACCCCGCACGAUUUCAGCAAUAAGAACGUAGACCUCAUCAACUUACAGCACUACGUCAUCAAGGAGAAAAAACUGUCAGAGAAAGAGGCCAUCGUCAUCUUCUAUGAUAUUGUCCGCAUUGUGGAAAGUCUUCAUAAGAAAAAUAUUGUGCACAGAGACCUGAAACUUGGUAAUAUGAUGUUAAACAAGAGGUCAAGAAGGAUUACAAUCACAAACUUCUGUCUUGGGAAACAUUUAGUGUCAGAAAAGGAUUACCUUAAAGACCAGAGAGGAAGCCCCGCCUACAUCAGUCCAGAUGUUCUCAGUGCUAAACCGUACCUUGGUAAGCCCAGUGACAUGUGGGCUUUAGGAGUGGUACUGUUUACAAUGCUGUAUGGACAGUUCCCUUUCUACGAUGUGGUGCCGCAAAAAUUAUUCUCUAAAAUAAAAGCUGCAGAAUACAGCAUUCCACAAGAUGAGAGAGUUUCCACAGACACCAUUAAUAUAAUCAGGAAGUUACUGGUCCUGAAUCCCGAGAGUAGAUACACAGCUACCCAGGUUCUAGUGGCACUGACAGGGAUAAUAGAUAAAUGGAAAGCAAUGUCUUCAGAGUCAGGUCCACUGCAAGUGGUGCCAGAAAUUGACAUUGUGGAGGACAACCCAAAAGUAGAUUCUAAGUGUGGUGACCAGUCCUCUACACAGAAGACAGACACUGAUGCUCUCCUCAGUCAAGCAGACGACACUCUGUCCAGUACAGGGUCACUGUCAUCAGAUAGCCAAGAAAGCGGCAAGCAAUCCAAAGCGGUACGCCAUGGCAGGCGCCGCUCCUCUGUACAACCGCCAGUCCAGAGAAUGAAUUACGAUGCCGUUCCUCUAACAAUGGCUGAGGUUGAAGCUCACCAACAGAUAUUUAGUCAACAAAGGACGUAAGUCUUUGGAAAGUUUAGGGAAUCAGAAACGGCUUCAUUCUCAUCCUUGUAUAAUUCCUUAAGUAGUCCAAAAUUCUAUAUAUGGUUUACAUUGAAAAGUAUUAGGACAAGUACUUUCUUGAUGAGAUAUUUCAUUCUCUAAAUGUUAAGUCUAAUGCUGUGGUUAGGUAAAUGAAAAAAAAAAGAGUUUAUAAUUAAGGAUUUCUAAGUAUGAUUUGAAGCUACAUGUAUGUAAAGGAUACAUAUAUUAAGAUUAAAUUUCCCCAUGACUGCAUGCUUAUAUAUAUUGAACAGAUUUUUUUUUUUUGGUAAAUUGUACAUGUUUAACUGUAACUUUAUGAUAAUAUAUGUAGUAGAUUUUUAAUCUGUCUUUCUUGUGUUUUUGAUGAAAGGGGUAUUUCAGAGAUUUAUGUACAUUUACAGUGUAUACCUUAUAAAAUAUGUCUGCAUUUAGAAGUUUGAAAUUUUACGAGUUUUGAAUAAAUUUUUAGAGACAGGCAAAUAAAUAUCUUUUGGAUUUACAUGUGUAUUUAUUUUGACUAAGUCGUUUACAAUAUUGUAAUAACAAAGAAAAAUUGGUAAAAGAGUGCUAAAAAUAGUGCAUAUUUAAUAUCAUUAGAGAAUUUUUGUUGAGAUACAUUUAUUGCUGCAUGUAGUAUAUAGAAUUUUAAUCUUGUUAACCCUGACAUAUUUACAUAUGUGUAUACUAAGUAAGGGCCAAAUCCAUCAAAUUGACUUCAGUGUUCAGAUGUUAUGUAGCAUUGUUAUAUUAGCCGAGAAGUCUCAAGAAUUGAGAAUCUAACAUAGGGCAAAGUGUUUAUUAUUGUUAUUCACAUGAAACAGUUUAUAAUGUUUAUAUGUUGUGUGUAUACAAAGAAUUUACAAAGGUUGAUAAAAUACAGAGGUUGUAAAAAUAUCCUUUAUUUAUUAUCUGUUUUGUUUUAUUUAUUAUAUUGCAUUUGUGCCAAAAGUAAACAUACAGACAAGCGUACAUUACAGAACCAAAUAGUUUAUAAAAAACCAAAUUUCCUUUUGUGUUACAGAUUUCAGUGAGAGGUAUCUAUCGUUGUAUGAUCUCUGUGUCAAAUUUUUACUUCUUGUUCUUACUCCUUUUUCUUUUUUUCCUUUUCCAUAAAUACUGUAUGUGUAAAGAAAUAAACAAAUUCAAAAUUUAGCACAAUCACGUGGUAGUGAGUGGUUGGUGUAAUCAUGAAUUAGUGCUUUUUGCAUUUUGGCUUGUAUUUGUAUAAAUAAUUUAUUACCGAUAUUCAAUAAUUAGCGCAUCGUUGUCCGCGUCAAAGCCACUAAAAUAUGAAGCAAUUUUUUUUAAGUACACACACAGUACUAGCCCAAAGAACUCUACAUCCCCCACAGUUUACCAUCGUUUGUAUUUCUAGAAAUAUGGAUUUUUUUUUUUUGAAUUUCAGUUUAUUCAAUAGAUUUUUUUUGAACUGAACAAAACAUUGUUGAAUAUGUUGAGUGUCUCUCAUCACUUUGUAAAAGCUAAUUACUGGACAACACUUUCAGGAAGUGAACUUUGUUGUACUGUAAAUCACUUUUUAUUUGCGAGAUCUUUAUUUUUCGUAUAAUUGCGUGAGACUGUGCUCGCAAAUAUAUCAUUCUCGUGUAUAUAAGUAUUCCUUAAGAUAACGAAGAGCAGUAUCCAUAGUUAGUGAAAAUUUUGUUCCGCUAAUAAAAAGUGAAUAUCUAUCUGGUGAAAAUAAGGUGUCACAAAAAUUUAGUGAUCUACAGUUCUAUUAAAUGAAUUUUUUUUUUAAAUAUCUAUAUUGCACUUUGGACAAAUAAGUUACUUGUGUUUUGUAAAUUUAUUAAUCAGGACACAUUGUAGAUUUCCAGUUAUUAUAAUUUAUAAAUCAUGAAACACAUUUGCAUGGUACAUGUAUCCUUUUUGUAUGGAGAAUACAGUUGUGAUCAAAGUGGUCUGUUGAUCAUAGAAAUGUAUGCAUUGCUCUUGUCAAACUUUGAUUUGUACAUGUAUGUAUAAUCAAUGAAUUAUUAGAAUUGUAUACUUUUUGGUCCAUGCAAGUCAAUAAAUUUUGUUUUUA